ACUCCCCGCAAUCCUGGAGGCUAUCUGCUCCGUUGCCCCCAUUAUGGUGGCAGGCAGUCAUUGUACCUGCUCCAGAGUCCGUGAGGAUCGCUACCAUGGAUGCCAACUAUGCUGUGCCCGCAGGAUCAUGAAGGAUUCGGGAGAUCCAAUAAGACCAAGGGAUACUAGGGGUCCCAGUGCGUACAUCCCCGUGUCACAGUUGCCUGGGCCAAUUCUGAGUGAUAACAUUGCUGCUGUCAUGGGGCUUCAUCCAGAAUAUCUGAGGGUAUUUUGGAAGACCCAACAUCAGCUUAUGCGUAUGGAUGGAGCACUGUCCCUUCAGGAGAGACAUUACUUGGCUAUAAUGGCAUCUGCAAGACACAAGUGUUUGUAUUUGGUUACACUUCAUACAUCCUGCUUUCUUCAAAGUGGUGGUGAUCCUCAUUGGUUGGAAGGUCUGAAUUGCGCACCUUUCAAGCUGCGCAGACUAAAUGAUAUAAAUAAGUAUCUUGCUCACAGACCAUGGCUGAUAACAAAAGAACACAUCGAGUCCCUUCUUAAGUCUCCAGCUGGCUAUGCCUGGUCUCUUGCAGAGUUGAUCCAUGCGAUUGUCCUGCUCACCCACUUUCAUGCACUUUCUUCUUUCAUUCUGGGUAGUGGCAUCUACCCUCCAGAAGGAAUAGAGGGCAGUCAGCGCCCUCCUUCCCCUGAUAUCUCAGUUAGUGAGGGAACUAGUCCUCCACGAGAAGCAGAACGUGUUCUGGCAGAGAUGAAGAAGCUGGAUCAGGAAGAGCAUGAGGCAAGUCAAGAAGAGAUGGAGACAAGAUUUGAACAGGAGAAGAGAGAAUGUGUAAUGGUUACCUCCAAUGGUGACGCAGAUCAUUCUGUCUACUCCCCAAGUAUUCUCCGUUUCCUGGAUGAUCCAGAUUUUGGCUACAUUGACUUUAGUAGAAGAGGAGAGCAGACCCCUCCUACAUUCCGUGCUCAUGAUUAUACAUGGGAAGACCAUGGAUACUCGCUAUUGCAUAGAUUAUAUCCAGAGGUUGGUCAACUACUGGAUGACAAGUUUCAAGUAGCCUAUAACUUGACAUAUCAUACUAUUGCUUCCCACCAUGAAGUAGACACUUCAAAGUUGCGUAGGGCCAUAUGGAACUAUAUCCAGUGCAUCUAUGGAAUUAGGUAUGAUGACUAUGACUAUGGUGAGGUGAAUCAGCUGCUGGAGAGGAGCUUGAAGGUUUAUAUGAAAACUGUGACUUGCCACCCUGAGAGAAUGACACGCCAACUGUAUAUUGACUUCUGGAGGCAAUUUAAGCACUCAGAAAAGGUCCACUUGAACUUGCUGUUGCUUGAAGCCAGAUUCCAAGCUGCUCUUCUAUAUGGUCUUAGAGCAAUAACCCGCUACAUGACGUGACCAAGGAAAUGAAUGUGCCAAUUUAGGCUGUAUUAAUCCUGUCACUGCUGCAUUUCUAAUGCAUAUUUGCACAAAUGAGGAACAAUCUUGAGUCGUCUUCAGAUGUACGGAGAGUUACCCCAUGGUGUUAUAAGCUAAAUGUUGCACUCUUGUACCAUGUUGGGGAAUGAUCUCCUUACAGUUUGAACCGUGCUGUUCAGUACACUACUGUGCACUAUAACACUUUCUGUACAUACAAUGUAUGUGAUUGUAUAAAAUUGUUUACAUGUUUUGCAGCUUUGUAGCUAUUAAUGUUGUGCACUGAAAAAUGAUCGUACACAGUAAGGUCCAGUUCUUGUUCAGUUUACAUAUAUCCCUAAAUCUGGACUGGACCUAAAGAGUUUAACCCUACCUGCCUAUUUGAAUCUUCAUAGUCUAAUUUGUAACCAAAGGAGUUGUCAUUUGGGGGGGGUGGAAUAAAACUGGUUUCAAACACUACCUUUGGUCCUUUUGGGCCAUUCUGUGUCCAAGGCCCUAAAAGGUCUGCACAUUUUAAUUUUUUUUUUUUUGUUUUUUUUUUAUAUAGCCCAGAGGUUAUAUAACACUUCUCAUUAACACUGUCCUACAGUUAGCUUUUACAGUUGGAUUAUAAAAGUCUGUCUAGAUGCUGCGGUUAUAUUCUUGUUACUAGCGCACUGUUUCAGGUUCUCUUUUUAAAGCAUCCCUACCUCAGUGUCUUAUGCCAGUGAGAAGAAGCUUCUUCUGAUUCUUGAUGUGCCUAAUAGAAAUUGCCUUGGCACCCAUGUGAAAUCUGGCAAUCUGCCUAUCAACAAAUUAGGCAUAAUAUCAAAAGAACACCAUAGGGUGCCUUAGCAUGUAUGUAAUGACAGCAUCUAGACACAUUAACGUUUCAGAAUAUUAACAAAAUGCACCUAACAGUUUUUAGAGUCCCCUUAGUACUGCUGCAAUGUCAUGCUACUGGGGACAUGCUCUGUAAAAAUCAGUCUCAUUUACCCUCUGGCAGUUGUGUUCUUGACUAUACGUCUAUGUUGGUAAGAAAAGGCACAUAUUCUGUGCUAACAGAACAGGAAUUUUUCUAUUGUUUGCUCUUCAAUGAAUGGAGGAUCUGUAGUUAAACUGGCUGUGGAGACUGAGCAUGUCCUCCACUGCUUGGCUCAUUAGGUGGAUGUGCACAUUGCUAUAUGCUUUGAAUACUAGGUGGCACCAUGCUAUGAAAGUAUAGCAGCAGAUUUGUUUGUAAGUGGGUGCUGUAUUCAAAAUUUUUUAGUGGGAUUUUUUUUUCACUCCAAACUUGUAUUGUGGAAAAUCUAAAUCUAAGACAACCAUUUCAGUGGGGCAACCCCUUUAAGAUAUGUUUUGCACUGAAGUAAGAUUUAGUGAUUUCUGAACUCCUAAAAUGCAGUGUUCUAUUCAUAAUAAGGUUAAAUUUCUACCUCCUGGUUCAAAGGCACACUUGGCCGUGUUUCAAUACUUUUAUACUGUGAAUGCUUUUCUCAGGUUGACUCUAAACCCUAAAUGAGAAGAGUUAAUUUCUUGUACUUUUUUAAAUCUUUGCAAUCUUUGUUUUGUUUAAUGUGUGAAAUUUAAAUAAAGAUUUUGA